CGGGGGUGGAGGGGCAACGCGGCCCCCGCGCCCACCGGCGCCCUGUGUGGCGGGGGGGGAGAGGACUCGGUGCAGCAACAUGGCUGCCAGGGCCCAUCCUCCUCCCCAGGCACCUGCGGGGGGAGGGGAACAUCCACGGGCCUUUCCCCCCCACCCUGGAGCCUGCGCUCUAUGGUUCCCUGUGGGGGUAGAGCGGCUGAUUGACGUCCCGUCAUGCCUCUGGUGUCACAGAGGACAACCAAUGGCGGGAGGGCAUAAAGGAAACGCGUUAGCAGGGGGGGCUGGCCUGUGGCUUUUUGCGCUGGUGCAUUGUGGGGUAGUGGAGGACCUGUGUUGCGGAUGGAGGGGGAGUCGAGCCGUGGGGCUGUCAUGGCGACUAACAUCGAGCAGAUCUUUCGGUCCUUUGUGGUCAGCAAGUUCCGGGAGAUCCAGGAGGAGCAGGAACAGCAGCAGCAGCUGGGCGGUGGAAAGGUAGAAGGCCAGCAGAAUGGUGAAACAAUCCCAGCUGAGCAAGCAAACACUUCAGAUGACACAGUAACGGGUGCUGGGAGUCUUCAGAAUGAUCAGAUAGUUCAGAAAAUAGAGGAAGUACUGUCUGGGGCCCUUGAUACAGAGCUACAGUGUAAAUCAGGUGUGGAGGAAGAUUCAGUGAAAAAUAGCUCUGCAUCUACAAAAAGAGGCCCUACUGAUGAAGUAGAAGAUGAAAUUCCAAGAAAAAAGUCAAAAAAGAACAAGAAACACAAAAGCAAGAAGAAGAAGAAGAAAAAGAAGAAGAAAAGGAAGAAAGAAAAAAAACACAAAAAGCAGCCAAAGGAAUCAAAAUUAAGUGCACAGUAUGGAGAGCAUGCAGAUUUACAACCUAUUUCUCACUCACAGACAGAAAAAUUGGGCUCAAAGUUGAUCACACAGCAUGGAGGUCAUGCAGAUUCAGAUCUUGCUGGUCAAAUGCAGCCAGGAGAAUUGGGCACUAAAUUGAGUGCAGAAUACAUGGGGCAUUCAAUUAAAAGACUCACACCUCAUUUGCUAUCAGAUUCUGAAUCAUCUGUGGAAAAACUUGGGAGUGAAAAAACAAACUUGGUCUUGACUGAGACACACAGUACAUUCAGUUCAGAAACCAGCAAAUUGGAUACCCAGGAAGAAAAUACUAAUACAGUGAAAAUUCAAGAGCAAGCUAAAGUAAAAUUAUUGGUGAAUAAGACUCAUGAAAGUAUAUAUCAUAUAGCUAUUAAUAUGAAUGCAAAGGGUGGACCUUUACCAGUUAAAGACACUGAAAAUGGUACUGUAUGUACCAACAAUACUGGAGUUGCUGGUAAAUCUGAAAUUGAAAAGGAUCUGGGGGCUAUUUCAGCCUCUGAGAUAACAGAAGAACUAAAAGAUUCAGAAGCUACUCUGAAAUCGAUGGGCAUGGUGGAGGUGAAAGACUUAGAAACAACCUUAGAAUCUGAGACCAUGGCAAAGAUUAAAUUUUCAGAAGCAAUUCUAAAAUCUCUGACUAUGGUGAAUUCAGAGGGUUUGGAGGCCCCUCUAGAAUCUCUGGCUGGGGCAAAUGAUUUGGUAGAAACUCCAACAUCUGUAGUUGUAAUGGAGAUGAAAGCUUUGCAAGAAACCACAGAGUCUGUUGUCAUGACAGAUAUGAAAGGUUUGGAAGCAACUCUAGAAACUGUGGGUGUGGCAGAGGCAAAAAGUUUGAAAGGCGGUCUUGAAUUUGUGGCUGUGCCAGAUGAUUUGGUAGCAACUUCAAAAUCUGUGGCCAAGGCAGAGGUGAAUGGUUUGGAAGCAACUUCAAAAUCUGCAUCUGUGGUGGAGGUGAAAGGUUCAGAAGGAGCCCUAGAACCUGUGGCCACGCAUGAGGUGAAAGAUUUAGAAAGAACCCUAGAAUAUAUCGCCCCGGGAAAAGAUUCAGAAACAACACUAGAAGCUGUUGUGAAUGCAAAAGAUUUGGAAGCAGCUCUAAAACCUGCGAUGGAGAUGAAAGAUUUGGAAGUAACUCCAGAAUCUGUACACAUGGAGGAGGUGAAAGGUGCAGAAGGAAUCCUAGAAUCUCUGGCUAUGGCAGUAGAUUUGGAAGGAACCCUCAAACCUGCUCCUGUGGCAGAGGCAAAAGUUUCAGAUACAGCAUCACUGUCUCUUCAAAUAGAAGAUAAGAAACAGUCAAAAGGAUUCCUAGAAUCUGUGGCAAUGGCAAAAGGUCCAGAAACAAUCCUAGAACCUGCAGGGGUGACAGAGGUGAAAGAUUUGGAAGGAAUUCCAGAAUCUCUGCACAUACAGGAUAUGGAAGAUUUGGAAGCGUCCUUAGAACCUGUGGUCAUGACAGCAGGUCUGGAAGUGGCUCUAGAACAUGUACCUUUCGCCACAGCCACAACUCCACUUAUGCAAAUGGAAAAAGUGAAAGAUGUGGAAGGAGCCCUAGUAAAAUCUGUGGCAGUGGCAGAAGGUUCAGAAGCAGCCCUAGAACAUGUUGUCUUGGCAGAGAAGAAAGGUGUGGAACCAGCUUCACUAUCUCUGCAAAUGGAAGAUGUGAAAGAUUCGGAAGGAGCCCUAGAAUCUAUUGCCGUGGAAGAAGGCUCAGAAGCAACCCAAGAACCAGUGACAGAGGCAAAAGACUUGGAAGCAAUCCUAGAAUCUGUCUCGGGGGUGAAAGGGUCAGAACCAGCACCACUGUCUCUGCAGAUGGAAGAUGUGAAAGGUUCAGAAGGAGGUAUAAAAUCUUUGGCCAUGGCAAAAGGUUCAAAACCAACCCUAAAAGCUGUGGCUGUGUGGGAGGGAAGAGGUUCAGAAGCAGCUCUGCUGUCUCUGGAAAUGGAGAAUGUGAAAGAUUCAGAAGGAGCCCUAGAAUCUGUGGCCAGGGCAAGAGGUUCAGAACCAACCCUAGAACCUGUGGCCAUGGUAGAGGCUAAAGGUCUGGGAGUUCUCUCUCUGCAAAUGGAGAAUGUGAAAGAUUCAGAAGGAGCCCUAGAAUCUGAGACCAUGGCAAAAUACUUAGAGGCAGCUCUAGAACCUGUGGCAGAGGUGAAAGAUUCGGAAGCAAUGCUUCGGUCUCUGCAAAUGGAAGAUGUGGAAGAAUUAGAAGGAACCCUAGAAUCUGUCGUGGCGGCCAACAGUUCGGUUGCAACCCUAGGGCCUGUGGCCAGGGCGGAGGAGAAAGGUGGAGAAACACCUCCACUAUCUCUGCAAAUAGAAGAUGUGGCAGAAUCAGAAGGAGUCCUAGAAUCUAUGUCUGUGGUGAAGUUGAAGGCUUUGGAAGCAGCCUUUGAGUCUGUAGUCAAGGUAGAGGUGAAGGCGUUAAAUAAACUUGUACAAGCUGAGUCUGAGGUCACAGCUCCGUUUAAAGAUUUGGGAGCAAUUCCCAAAUUUCUGUGCAUGGAGUCAGAUUCGGUAAUAACUCCAGAAUCGGAAACAACAUCGAAAGUGAAAAACAUGGAAAUAAUUGGACAAUCUGAAUCACUGGCAGAAGUGAAAGAUUUGGAAACCACCCCAGAAUCUGAGGCAGUGGUGGAGUCAAAGGAUUCAGAAACAACUACAGAAACUAAGGUAGUGAUGGAAGUAAAAGAUUUGAAAACAAUUCCAGAGUCCCAAGUCAUGACGGAAGUGAGUGACUUGAAAAUAUCUCCACAUACUGAGGUGGAGGUGAUGAAAAGUUUUGAAACAGCUGCAAAGUCUGAUGCCACUAUAAUAGAGGUGGAAGAUUCUGAAUCAACUCUGGAAUCUAGGGCACUAGUAGAGGUGAAAUAUCUGGAAGUCACACCGGAAUCUGAGGCAAUAACUGGCAUAAAAUAUGCCAAAAAAUUUCUAGAAUCUGAGGCCAAGACAGAGUUGAAACAUUCAGAAGCUAUCCCAGAAUCUUUACACCUUACAGACUUGAAAGAUUCUGGAAAAACACCAGGACCUGAGGUGAUGAUACAAAUGAGAGAUUCAAAAACAGCUAAAAAAUCGGAGCCAAUCCCUCUGGUGAAAGAUUCUGAAGCUAGUCGAGAAUUGCUGCAUAUAGUGGUAAAAGAUUUGCAAUCAACUCUAGAACCUGAGACUGUGACAAUGGUGAAAGAUUUGAAGGAAACUCUAGAGUGUGAGAUGGUGGUGGCAAAAGAUUUAGAAACAACCCUAAAAUCUGAAGCAAUCAUGGAUGUAAAGCAUUCUAAGGCUGCUCCAGAAUCUUUGUAUAAAGCAAAGGUAAAGGAUUCAGAAGCAGUUCCAGAAUCUCUCUAUUCAUCGAAGGUGAAAGGUGCGGAAUUAGCUCUAGAACUGGAGGCGGCAGCAAAGGUGAAAGAUUUGAAAGAAACCCUUGAAUCUAAGGUCAUGGCAGAUGUGAAAGAUUUGGAAGCCGCUUCAGAAUCUGUGGUCACGAUGAAGGUAAAAGAUUUGGAAGAAAUUCCAGAACAUUGGCAGCCAGUGGGUGUGAAAUUUUUGGAAGCAUCUCCGGAAUCUGAGGAAACAGUAGAAGUAAAAAAUUUAGAAGCAACUCCAGAAGCUCAGGUGUUGACAGAGAUGAAAGUUUUGGAAGAAACUCUGGAAUCUCUGUACACCGUAGAGGUGGAGGAGCUAGAAAAAAUUACAAAAUCUAUGCCAAUGGUAGAGGUGAAAGAAUCUGAGGCUCUGAUGGAUCUGAAAUUCUCAGCAGCAACUCUAAAAUCUGAGAAAACAGUGGACGUCAAAAUUUUGGAAGAUGCACCAGAAUCUUUGACGGUGGAAAAUAUACAAAAUUCAAAAGUAUAUCUAGAAUCUCUGCACACUGAGGAAAUGAAAGAUUUGGAAGCCGAUCUAGAAGCUGAGACUGCAACAGAUCUGAAGGAUUUGGAAGAAGCUUUGGGCACUGUGCAGGUGAAAUAUUCAGAAGCAGUUUUGAAAUCUCUGAGCAUAGCAGAGAGAAAACAUUUGGAAACAACUGUAGAAAGUCCUAAUGCAGUGCUAGAUUUGGAAACAGUUUUAGAACCUCAACACACUGUGGAUCUGAAACUUCUGGAAACUCCUGAGAUUCCUGAGUUAACAGUGGAGGUGAAAGAUUCUGAAGCAGCUCUAGAAUCUGAGGCUUUUACAGAGGUAAAUGACUUGCGAGCUACUCCAGAGUCUAUGGCCACAGUGGAGGAUUCUCUUCACACAGUAAACAUGAAUAACUUGGAAGCAACUCCAGGGUUGGUGACAGCUGCAAAGGUGAAAGACUUGGAAGCAGCUCCAGAAUCUGUGGUGGCAGUAGCAGAGGUGAAGGAUUUACAAGCAGCUCCAGAAUUGGCAGCAGUGGUGAAAGAUUUGGAAGCAGCUCCAGAAUAUGUGACAGUGCUGGCAGAGGUGAAAGAUUCAGAACUAGUUCCAGAUUCUCUGCAUACCAUAGAUGUGAAAGAUUCUGAAAGAACUCCACAAUCUAUGGUAGUGGCUGCAGAGAUGAAGGAUUCUGAAACAACUCCAGAAUCUGUGGCAGCAGUGGCAGAGGUAAAAUACUCAGAAACAAGUCUGGAAUCUGUGGUGGCUACUGCAGAAAUGAAAGAUUUAGAAGCAGCUCUGAAAUCUGUGGUGGUGGCAGAAGUGAAGGAUUUGAGAGCAGCUCCAGAAUCUUUGGCUGCAGAGGUGACAGACUUGGAAUCAGCGCCAGAUAUUCUGCAUCCUGUGGAUGUGAAAGAUUCUGAAACAGCUCCAGAAUCUGUGGUGAUGGCAGCAGAAGAGACAGAUUUGGAAGCAGCUUCAGAUUUUCUGUGUACUGUAGAUGUGAAAGAUUCUGGAACAAGUACAGAAUCUGUGAUAGCGGCUGAAGAAGUGACAGUUUUGGAAGCAGCUCCAGAUUUUCUGCACACUGAAGAUUUGAAAGAUUCUGAAAGAGCUCCACAAUCUGUGGUAGUUGCUGCAGAGGUGAAAGAUUCAGAAGCUGCUCCAGAAUCUGUUGUGACAGUGGCAGAAUUGAAAUAUUCAGAAACAAGUCUGGAAUCUGUGGUGGCUACUGCAGAAAUGAAAGAUUUAGAAGCCGUUUUGGAAUCUGUGGCAGUGGCAGAGGUGAAAGAUUUGAAAGUAUCUCCAGAAUCUUUGGCAGCGGUGGCAGCAGAAGAGACAGAUUUGGAAGCAGCUUCAGAUUUUCUGUGUACUGAAGAUGUGAAAGAUUCUGAAAGAACUCCACAAUCUAUGGUAGUGGCUGCAGAGAUGAAGGAUUCUGAAACAACUCCAGAAUCUGUGGCAGCAGUGGCAGAGGUAAAAUACUCAGAAACAAGUCUGGAAUCUGUGGUGGCUACUGCAGAAAUGAAAGAUUUAGAAGCCGUUCUGGAAUCUGUGGCAGUGGCAGAGGUGAAGGAUUUGCAGGCUGCUCUAGAUGCUGUGGUGGCAGAGGUGAAAGAUUUGAAAGCUGUUCCAGUUUCUCUGGUGGUGGUGGCAGAUGUGGAAGAUUCAGAAGGCACUCCAAAAUCUGUGGGGGUGGCUGCAGAGAUGAAAGAUUCAGAAGCAGCUUCAGAAUCUGUGGCGAUAGUGGCAGAGAUGAAAGAUUUGCAAGCUGCUCCAGAUUCUCUGGUGGCGGUGGCAGAGGAUUCAGAAGCAGCUAGUGUUUCUCUGCAUACUUUAAGUGUGAAUGAUUCAGAAGCAGCUCCAGAAUCUGUGGUGGCUACAGCAGAAGAGAAAAAUUUGGAAGCACCUCCAGAUUCUCUGUAUACAGUGUACAUUAAAGAUUCAGAAACAACUCAAGAAUCUGUGACAGUGACAGCAGAGGUGAAUGAUUCAGAAGCAACUCCAGCAUUUGGACCAGUGGCGGAAGAGGUGAAAGAUUUGGGAGUGGCUCCAGAAUUGGUGAUGGCUGCAGCAGCAGCAAAAGAUUUGGGAGCGCCUCCAGAAUCGGUGGUGGCUGUGGCAGUGGUGGACGUUUCGGGAGUGGCUCCAGAAUUGGUGGUGGCUGGGGCAGCGGCAAAAGAUUUGGAAGCGCCUCCAGAAUCGGUGGUGGCUGUGGCAGUGGUGGACGUUUCGGGAGUGGCUCCAGAAUUGGUGGUGGCUGGGGCAGCGGCAAAAGAUUUGGAAGCGCCUCCAGAAUCGGUGGUGGCUGUGGCAGUGGUGGACGUUUCGGGAGUGGCUCCAGAAUUGGUGGUGGCUGGGGCAGCAGCAAAAGAUUUGGGAGUGCCUCCAGAAUUGGUGGUGGCUGUGGCGGAGGCAAAUGAUUCCGAAGCAACUCCAGGAUCUGUGGCAGAAGUGAAGAAUGAUGAUGAUCUUGUAAAAAAAAAGAAAGCUUAUGAAAAAAGUAAGAGUAGUGAUAAACAUAAACAAGAUGCAAAGAAAUUAAAAAGGAGUAAAUCUAAAUCUCUUUCACGAUCCAGGAAGCGGAAAAAAAAGUCCAGGUCACGUUCUGUCUCUAAACAUUUGAAAUAUAAAAGAGCAAGGUCUAGGAGCAGAAACUACUCAGAUUCCAGAAAGAACCAUUCCACAUCUUAUGACAAGUCUAGAUCCAGAUCUGUUGAAAAAAGAGGUGGCAAAGAAUCUUCACGGAGGUCUAGACGCAGACACUCCAGGUCCUCUGAUGGUCUCAAGUCAAGAUCCAGAUCCACUGAUAAAAGGGAAGGCAAAGACUCUUCCUGGAGGUCAAGACGCAGGCGUUCCAGGUCCUCUGAUCGGCUCAAGUCUAAAUCCAGAUCUGUUGAAAAAAGAGGUGGCAAAGGGUCUUCACGGAGGUCUAGACGCAGACGCUCCAGGUCCUCUGAUCGCCUCAAGUCUAGAUCCCAAUCUGUUGAAAAAAGAGAUCGCAAAGAUUCUUCAUGGAGGUCUAGACGCAGACGCUCCAAGUCCUCUGAUCGUCUCAAGUCUAGAUCCAGGUCUGUUGGAAAAAAAGGGCGUAAAGACUCUUCCUGGAGGUCCAGACGCAGACGCUCCAAGUCCUCUGAUCGUCUCAAGUCUAGAUCCAGAUCCAGAUCUGUUGAAAAAAGAGAGCGCAAAGACUCUUCACGAAGGUCUAGACGCAGACGCUCCAAGUCCUCUGAUCGUCUCAAGUCUAGAUCCAGAUCCAGAUCUUUUGAAAAAAGAGGUGGCAAAGAAACUUUCUGGAGGUCCAGACGCAGGCGCUCCAAGUCCUCUGAUCGUUUCAAGUCCAGAUCCAGAUCCAGAUCUUUUGAAAAAAGAGGUGGCAAAGAAUCUUCCUGGAGGUCCGGACGCAGACGCUCCAAGUCCUCUGAUCAUCUCAAAUCAAAAUCCAGAUCCAGAUCUUUUGAAAAAAGAGGUGGCAAAGAAUCUUCCUGGAGGUCUAGACGCAGACGCUCCAAGUCUUCUGAUCAUCUCAAAUCAAAAUCCAGAUCCAGAUCUGUUGAAAAAAGAAGUGGCAAAGAAUCUUCCUGGAGAUCAAGACGCAGACGCUCAAAAUCCUCUGAUCGUUUCAAGUCAAGAUCGAGAUCUCUUGAAAAAAGAGGGGGCAGGGACUCUUCAUGGAGGUCUAAACGUAGACGUUCCAAGUCCUCGGAUCAUCUCAAAUCUAGAUCAAAAUCUCUUGAAAAAAGAGGGGGCAGAGGCUCUUCACGGAGGUCUAAACGUAGACGCUCCAAAUCCACUGAUCAUCACAAGUCUAGAUCCAAAUCUGUUGAAAAAGUAAGUAGUAAAGAGUCUUCACGGAGGUUGAAACGUAGACGUUCCAAGUCCUCUGAUCGUCUCAAAUCUAGAUCCAAAUCUAUUGAAAAACUAGGAAGCAAAGAGUCUUCAUGGAGGUCUCGAAGUAGCCGCUCCAAAUCUUCUGAACGUCACAAGUCCAGAUCCAAAUCUGAUGAAAAAAUAGAGGUUGAAGAGCCUUCCCAGAGGUCUCGGAGUAGCCGCUCCAAGUCUCCUGAACUUCAAAAGUCUAGAUCGAAAUCUGCUGAAAAAACAAAGGACAAAGUGUCUUCACAGAGGUCUAGAAGAAAACGCUCCAAAUCUUCUCAACGUCAUAAGUCUAGAUCCAAAUCAGUUGAAAAAGUAGAGGGCAAAGCAUCUUCACAGAGGUCUAGAAGCAAGCGCUCUAAAUCCUCUGAGCGCAAAUUACAAAAACAUGAUAGUGAAUCACGGUCCAGACGAAAUCGGUCUCGGUCAGUAACCCGUAAAAGACUGUCAAAAUCUAAAUCUAAUCAUCGGUCUCGGACACGCUCUCUGUCACGUUCAAGACACAGGAGGAGAACUCGGUCAAGAUCAGUGUCAAAAAGGAGACGGUCUUUAUCUAGAGAGAGACACAAAAGAUCUCAAAGGAACAGAUCAAGGUCUGCUGAUCGAAGAAGAAGACGAUCGAACUCAAGGGAUCACCGAAUAGUGCUCAGGUUACGGACCAGAAGUCGAACACCUAUUCGACGAAAACGGUCUAGGUCAGUGGGAAGAAGACGAAGCUCUAGCAAAUCACCAGUUCGACUAAGAAGAUCAAGAUCACCUGGGAGAAGAAGAUGCUAUAGCAGAUCACCUGAUCGUCAAAGAAGGUCCAGAUCAUCCGAUAAGUUUUCAAGCAGAUCACCUAAACGUCUUACAGACUUAGACAAGGCCCAGCUACUUGAAAUAGCCAAAGCUAAUGCAGCUGCCAUGUGUGCUAAGGCUGGUGUCCCCUUACCACCAAGCCUACUGCCUAUUAUAGCUCCAGCAAAGAAGGAGGAGAAAGUUACUCAGAAGUCAGCAAGAGAUACAAUAAAGGAGCUCACUGAGAAAUGCAAGAAGAUUGCACAAAGCACAGAUGAUGUGAUCGUGAACAAGCCUCAUGAUUCUGAUGAAGAGGAGGAGGAACGCCCUUUCUAUAAUCAUCCUUUUAAACUCAAUGAACCUAAACCCAUUUUUUUCAACUUAAAUACCACUCCUAUCGUAAAACCAGCACCAAAAAAUCAGGUAACAUUGACAAAGGAGUUCCCUGUCUCAUCUGGGUCUCAACACAGGAAAAAGGAAGCUGACAGUGUCUAUGGAGAAUGGGUUCCAGUUGAGAAAAGUAAAGAAGAAAGCAAAGAUGAUGUUUUCCCCAAGCCAGCUCUUGCACAGACUGUGGACAUCUCUACAGCAAUGAAUGAACGAACAAUGGCUCAGAAGAGACUUACAGAAAAUACAUUUGACUUAGAGGCCAUGUGCUUGUUAAAUCGUGCACAGGAACAGAUUGAUGCUUGGGCGCAGUCGAACUCUCUGCCGGGCCAAUUCACAGGAAGCACUGGAGCACAGAUUUUGUCCUCAGAUGAGUUGUCCAACAGCGGUCCCCAAGCCUGGAUUAGAAAGGAUCAGUUCUUAAGAGCAGCCCCUGUAACUGGAGGAAUGGGAGCCCAGCUGAUGAGAAAAAUGGGCUGGAGAGAAGGAGAGGGACUAGGAAAAAACAGAGAAGGAACUGUGGAGCCUAUCCUAGUGGAUUUUAAGACAGAUAGAAAAGGCCUUGUUGCAGUGGGAGAAAAGACACAAAAGAGAUCGGGACAUUUUAGUGUAAUGAAGGAUCUUUCAGGUAAACAUCCAGUUUCUGCAUUGAUGGAGAUAUGUAAUAAAAGAAGAUGGUCACCACCUGUAUUCGUAUUGGUGGAUGAUAGUGGGCCUGAUCAUCGCAAACAUUUUAUCUUCAAGGUGAUGGUCAAUGGGCAUGAAUACAGGCCUAGCUUUCCCAGCCUUAAUAAGAAGCAUGCUAAAGCCACAGCAGCAACUGCGGCUCUCCAAGCGAUGGGACUUGUACCAAAGGAGAGCAUGCCCAAUGCCACUAUCUUCAGGAGUGCCUCACACCGCUAGAUAUUGUUUUUUAUAUUGACAUUAUUUCAGAUAAUUUUAUUCUGCACAAGAAAGGUUUUUCCCCGUUUCAUGUUGUAAAUACAUUGGUGAUUCCCACAUUGUAAAAACUGUACAGACACCUUCAGGAUUUUCUUUUGUACCAUCAAAAAUGUAUUUAAAUCAUACUUAGUUUUUGGUAUGUUUAUAUUGUUUACGUUAGUGAUGUAAUUAUUCCUUAAAUGACUAAAUUCAACAGGCAGACUCUGGAGGGCAUCAGUAAUCUAAACCCUUGUUUUAAAAUUCACGCAGUUUCUCUUCAAUAUGGAAUGUUAACAGUUUCAUACUCUUUUGUACUAUAAUGCAGUGUCCCCUGGUCUUGGUAAAGCUACUGUUGUAGUACUUUUGCCUAUAGCCAGAACAAGGCUGCACAGCUUAUCAUAGUCUAGAAAAAGGCUGGUAUGUACUGCUGGACAGAUACUGGGCCAGUAAUGUUACCCCCUCCAAGGAGGUAGGUAAAUUGUGGCACUGUUGUACAAUGCUAACAUUACCACUUCUGUCUUGUUUGGGGUUUAAGUCAAUGGUGUACUGCAACUGGCCAUAUUGCUUAUCUUUUAAAACUAAAAAGAAUAGGCAAAUGACCUCGCUUAAAUGGGAGGGAAGAAAGUCCAGCGGUGAAAUUGAUGAGAAUUGCAGUGUAAAAGCAUCUCUCCCCUGCAUGUUCUGGUAAGGAGAUAUGAAAUUGUCUAUUCCAAUCUCAAAUUAACACACUGCCUGAUGUUGAUUGUAUGAAUUUGUGGUUAAUGUGAAUUUUAAACUAUAACAAAUCUACAACUGGAUGGGGGGGGGGGGGAGGAGGUAGAAUGAUGCUUCAAUUGUUGUACCCAGCUCAGUCAAUAAAGCCGCACAAGUUCAUAAUCUUAAUCAUUGGUCAGUGAACAGUAAUUAAGAUCUGUGCCAAAGCAGUAAUUUAGAGAGUAUGUAUCAGGGGGGCAGCAAUAGUGAAAUGUUUUCAGUUGUUUAUAAAGUUACCAAGCUAAUUUUGGCCUCAUGUUUUCUGUGCUUGUACACAUCACAGAAUGAGGGUUUUGUUUUGUUUUGAUUCAAAGUUUUGGCAGUUCUUGAUAAUGAAAGUAGGUGGGGAAAAUAGGCAGUCUGUUUCUCUUUUUAAAAAUACCUCUAACUUGGUGAUAGUAGGGGGUUUGCAAAUUUGCAGUGGGGGAAAAUAGUUCUCAUGUCAUACUUUGAGUUAUAAAUCUUAGAAAAUGGCCACUUGUGCAUGCCUCGUAGUUUGUGUGCUUAGUUAUUUCUUAAAAAAAAUUUCCCCCCUCAAAGCUUGUAUCCUGUCAACUGCACACAAGUCCACAAAUUCACAGAGACAUCAUGGAGCUCCUCUUAUGCAUCAAGCUGUCCUUUGGCUUGAGGGGAAGGAGCUUUGCAUUAAGAGCCAGAAGAUGAAUUCUAGUCCCAUUUCUUCCACUGAUUAAUGUCAAUUCUUUAUCCUUUGCACCCUUUUUUAUUGAACUUACCAGUGUCCCAUUUUAUAGAUAGUGACUGAAGGCCAGAGGUGUAGUAUAAAGUCACUGUUGUCAAAGCUGGGAAUAGAACCUAGCUAUCUAAUAGGGCAGAUGAGUUCCAUCCUUCCUUGUCUGUCAGCAAAAUAUAUAAAAUCUGUGUGCUUUGCUAGGCUAUUUGUGAAUUGGGACUAUUCCUCCAUGACCAUCUGUACAAAGGGCAUUGACAAAUACUAUAAAGCACUGUUUAAAAAUAAAGUAGCAUGCAAGAG